UGCAGCAAGAGCCAUUCCCAGAGGAAUUCAGCCCCUGCCAGGACUUUGCAAGGAGCAGCAACCUCCCAGCACAGCCACAGUGCCCCACCCUCUGUGUGACCCUUCCAGGACCACCAGCUCCUGUCCAUGCUCCUAAUCCCAGCUGGAGCAGGUCCCCUCCCCUCAGCAGGGCCGGUGUCCCUCUGGUCACCUGGUUAAAGCCUCUGGACACACAGCCCGGCGCCCUGAGAUUGCCAAACUCACCUUUCCACCCACAGCACCACAGAGCUCCUGCCACCAUGAAAACCAUCAUAGCAGCCUGCUCCCAGAACCUCAGUGGCAGCCGGGCCAGCAUCCAGACCGCCCUGAGGACACUGCUGGCCGUGCCCUGGCCCUCGCAGCGCGAUGUCGGCUCUGCUCUGCAGCUCCUGGCCGUGCUGCAGUGGGUGCUCAGCUUCCUGCUGCUGGGAAUCUUCAGCCUCCUGCUGCUCGUCUACCUGCUCUUCACCAGCCUCUGGCUCAUCCCCGUGCUCUACCUGGCCUGGAUCAUCUCCGAUUGGGACACGCCGGAGAAAGGUGGCAGGAGGCUGCCGUGCCUGCGGCGAUGGACGGUGUGGAAGCACUUUCGGGAUUAUUUCCCGGUGAAGCUGGUGAAGACACACGACCUGUCCCCCAGGCACAACUACAUCAUCGGCUCGCACCCCCACGGCAUCCUCUGCGUCGGCGCCUUCUGUAACUUCAUCACGGGCUCCACGGGCUUCGAGGAGCUGUUCCCGGGCAUCCGCUCCUCGCUCACCACGCUGGCCGGGAAUUUCCGCCUGCCCGUGUUUCGGGAGUACCUGAUGAGCGGGGGGCUGUUCCCGGUGACCCGCCGAGCCAUCGGCUACCUGCUGUCCCAGCAAGGCACCGGUAACGCGGUGGCCAUCGUCAUCGGCGGCGCGGCCGAGUCGCUGUCCUGCCGGCCCGGAGUCACCACGCUCAUCCUCAGGAACCGCAAGGGCUUCGUCCGCAUGGCGCUGCGGCACGGGGCCUUCCUCGUCCCCUCCUUCUCCUUCGGGGAGAACGACCUGUUCCGCCAGGUGGUUUUUGAGGAGGGCAGCUGGAUGAGGAGCAUCCAGCGGCGCUUCCAGAAGAUGAUUGGCUUCGCUCCGUGCCUCUUCUACGGCCGCGGGCUCACCUCCUGCCGCUCCCGCGGCUUCCUGCCCUACGCCAGACCCAUCACCACCGUGGUGGGGGAGCCGCUGGCGGUGCCCAAGGUGGAGAACCCGAGCCGGGAGCUGGUGGAUCGGUACCACGAGCUCUACAUCAGUGCCCUGCUCAAGCUCUUCAACGAGAACAAGACCAAGUAUGGGCUGUCCGAGUCAGACGAGCUGCACAUCCUCUGAGUGCCACCCGCACCGUCCUGGCUCAUGAGGGCUCUUGCAGGGGGGAUUUCAGCCGGUCUGGCAAUGGGGGACACACAGGGGACAGUCCCCACUCUGGCCUUUUGUUCCUCCGACCUGAAGGGGAGGUGGGAAGAGAGGGGGAAGCGAGGGGAAGAUUGGGAAAGGCUCCCCCUUGCAGGGGUUUGGAGGGGCUGUGGGUGACACAGCUGCUCCCUGCAAGGGGCUGGUGUGGGGCUGGGGCCAGCAGUGGGCACGGUCCCCACGGGAUAACCAAGUCACCACAGGCUCAGGGAGGGUGUCAUGGGAGGAGGGAUUGACAUGGGGUUUUUGGGGUGGCAUCCUGAUGAUGAGUGGGACCACCCUGGGGUGGGAGGGGGACACUCCUGGACAGGGGGAUCUGUGGAUGUGGCCUGAGCCAGGACCAUGUGGCCCCAGAUGAGCCUUUCCUGCCAUCUCCAUACCCAAUACAGAUUUCCAACCUCCCAAA